UGGGGCUAUUGCAGGUAGAAGAAAGCGGCGUUGGUACGGAACAGAUCAGAAAAGGGUCGGCUCCAGCACUCCACAACUUUUCGUCAGCUCGUUGAUUUCAGGUUAAUUUCGGCGCCGGUAGCGAGAGAGAGGGAACCGAUGGCGAACGCGGGGCUUCAGAUGUUGGGGUUUGUCCUCGCCUUGCUCGGCUGGAUCGCCGUGGUGGCCAGCACCAUCAUGCCUCAGUGGAAAAUGUCGAGUUACGCUGGUGAUAACAUUAUCACGGCGCAGGCGGUGUACCAGGGACUGUGGAUGAACUGCGUGUUUCAGAGCACCGGACAAAUGCAGUGCAAGGUGUACGACUCCAUCCUAGCGCUGGGAGCAUCGCUGCAGGCAACCCGAGCGUUAAUGGUGGUGGGUAUCGUGGUGGGUGUCCUGGCCCUUGGCAUCAGCACUGUGGGCAUGAAGUGCACCAAGUGUGGGAGUGACGACAAGACCCGGAAAGCCCGCAUCGCCAUGGGCGGGGGCAUCGCCUUCAUCCUGGCAGGUCUCUGUGUACUGAUUGGCGCCUCCUGGUAUGGCAAUCAGAUUGUGAAAGACUUCUACAACCCAUUCACUCCUGUCAACACAAAGUACGAGUUUGGGUCUGCGAUCUUUGUCAACUGGGCUGGGGCGGCUCUGGUGCUGAUCGGCGGUGGGAUGUUGAGUUGCUCCUGUCCCGGUAAGGGUGGUGGCUACCCCGCGUCCUACCCGAAAUCCAAGGCUCGCUCCAAGGCCUCCAGCAACAAGGAGUUUGUGUGAGGACCAGUCGGUGUCGCAGGUCGGGGGUCAUUUGUGAAAAGGAGCAUCUCCGGGAACUGUUGAUCAAAGAUUCUCUGUGACGUGCUGAAUGAAGAAGGAAUGUUUGUGAAUUUAAACGGAACGUUGUACAUUUUGUGCUUUGGUUUAUUUUAAGCAUUUACCUUGCGGAUUUUUUUUUUGUUUAGAGGUUUUUUUUAAACUUAGGGGAGGGACUGGGUUUUUGACAGUUUGUGCAGGAUUUAAUUUUUGUGCUUCGGAUGGCUCCGGAUGAGAUUUGAUUCUGCGAUUUAAAAAAAAUAAUGAUGUGUUUGGCAAGGGUACUUGAGGGACAAGUUUCAAACUGAGAGACUUGGCAAGCUAGCUUGGCCUGAGAAGACUCAGGCCUUGGCACCAUGCCGUGUCUGAAUGUAUCUUUGGAAGGAGGUGGGGCCGCUCUUCAUGCUAGGAAAAAAGAUGGACUAAUCCUGAUUCCAUUAUCUUGGAACUGGCAACCAGCUACUCUCACCAAACUGUUUCGAUCGUCUCUGAUACCCCUAUCCUGCCCUCAGCACCUCCAAGAUGGAAUAAUACAGUCCAUUAUCCACUCUGCUGAGGGAGAGAAUCGCUCCCGGGGAUAAUGGUGGGUCCACUUUGAGAGUGGGGACCGCAUUCUUUCUCCCCGCCCACUCCCGCUUCUCUGAAAGGUUACAGUUCGUGGCCUGUGACAUCCCGGGUGGGGUCAGAUUCCUUCAGUGGAAGGCGGGGUGUAUCUUGUCAAUACUCCCGCCUAUACUUGAGGGGUUUUAAAGAGUUAUCCGGUUUUAUUUAAUAUAUGUGCAUGUACAUUUCUUUUCUUAAAUAAAGUUCAUAA